GGUUCCAUGUUCCAAUGAAUGUCCCGACAUGUAGUGGGAACGGAUUAGGAGUUCACCGUGGUCUCUUGAUAUGCUCCUGGAUGGCAGAUACACGGUGUAGAACAAAACAUGCUCGAGCGUCUAUCGCUGCUUUACCACAAACCUCAACACAUGGAAGAAGAUGGUCAGAUCCUGGAUUUUCAUCCUUUUCUACAUUAGUGGCACCGAGGCAGAGCGACAGUCGAAAGGAUAUUGGGAUAACUCGUUCUGGAGAUGCUACGCGAUUCUUCUAUAUUCCUGAAAUAGUGCCGUCAUCCACAGAUCGACUGACGAAACACUUUGAACGCAGUGGACUGGUUGCCCUACACAAAGAUCCUCACAUCUAUAUCAUCAGACUCCGCGACGAGGCGAAUUUGGCCUUAAACAUUUUGCGUUUAUAUGGUCAAGACGUUCGGGCAUGCGGGUUUGCCGCUCGUGAGUCAAACGGUUCUUUACACAAAUCAUAAAUCCCAGUUAGCAUAUCCGUCCUCUUACAUCUUAGAGUACUCUAGCGCCCGACGCCAUCAAGCCGGUGCGCCAUCUAUACUUCAACUGGCGCUUAGUCAUCGCCUCUGCCUAUUCUUCCAAGUUUACAACAUGUGCACUAGUUGGGGUCAACCAAGAACGUUCCAUCCGGACAGAUUCCCAACCAAUCUGAAACAACUACUGUCUUCUUUUUCCUUUUCAAAAGUCGGAGCUCGAGCUGCGUACGAUGCCAUCAUGCUGAAGAAGCACUAUGCUGUUCAUCUAAACAAUCUUGUUGACUUGCGGUCCCUUGCCCACGCUAGAGGUUUACCCACCACAACAUUAGGCGGAUUGAGUUACAUGUACGGUGGCCCUAUACAUAUGUCAGUAGAGGAAGAUUUAUCUCGGGAGGAUUGGGACGCAGAAAUUCUCCAACAAAAUUCCGUAUUCACUGCAGCCAAUAAGGCCUUUGCCUCACGGAUGAUUCUAGAUCGAAUGGUAUGCAUGCCGGACCCGAUGCCUUGUCUAGAUCAAAUCCAGCGCAAGAAGAAUGACAUGAAAAAAAUUCCGGAAGAUGAAGAUGAUAUCGCCGAGGCAUUGUUGAUUCUUCAAUCUGCUUUGGCGGGGAGGGAAGCUUCUCGGGAGAGAAUCAUAAAGACCAUUAAAACACGACAUCCUCGCUGGAAAAUGGUCAUGACCGAGGCGGCCCUUCAAGUUCAUGUGGAAGGAGUUGUCCGUGACUGGCUCAAGUCCGGAAAGCUGACACUGUUGGAAAAAAUACGAAGAUGAAGAAUAGCGUAUAAUUCGAUUAGCUAACAGAAUAGAAUGGUUUCCGCCUGAAUUUUUGGGGUAUCCUGCCAUUAGAUGGCCUAGCUUAAUGGCCUUGCAAUAUAUGACAAGACAAGUCACUUAAAUGAGAAGGCA